UUCCACGUCCCCACACCGACCCCCUCUCACACAGACCGUCGGAAGCGCAGCCGACGCGAUUGAGCCGCCGAGUGGGCGGGGAAACGCGCCGGUCACUUCCGCUUCCGGCGGGCGGGCGAUGCUGGGCUCGGGCGCGCAGGCCUCAGGCUUCCGGCGGCUCUGGAGUUUUGGCGCCGCUGCGGGCGACCGGGCCGAUAUGGGCGAGUAGUGGCUGUGCUGGGCAGCAUGUCACAAUGAACCCUUCAUUAACCGGGCCUACAGCAGUAGCUGAUGUGAUUAAAGAUCUAGACACCCAGAUAGCACUAAUCGGUCCUGGCCCACACACCCCGAAACAGAAACAGGAUUUGGAGAAACUUAAUGAUUUAAAGGCCAAAGCCCAACAGAUUAUGAACCAGUUUGGACCUGCAACUCUAAUAAACCUGACAAAUUUUCCCUCCGUGAAGCCCGAUCCAUCAAGUACGCCGCCUCCAAAUACAAUGGCUAACAGUACUACCCUGGUAAAGAUUCCUGGAACACCAGGCUCAGGAGGGCGCAUGAGCCCAGAGGGCAACCAGGUCCUGAGCAAGAAGAAACUCCAGGAUCUAGUACGGGAAAUUGAUCCAAAUGAGCAACUUGAUGAAGACGUUGAGGAAAUGCUUUUGCAGAUUGCCGAUGAUUUUAUCGAAAGUGUGGUGAGCGCUGCUUGUCAGUUAGCACGUCACCGGAAGUCAAACACACUGGAAGUCAAGGAUGUUCAGUUGCAUCUAGAACGUCAGUGGAAUAUGUGGAUACCAGGAUUUGGUUCAGAUGAAAUUAGGCCGUAUAAGAAGGCCUGCACAACAGAAGCUCAUAAACAGAGAAUGGCACUAAUACGCAAAACAACCAAAAAAUAAAGCUUGGAUGAAGAGAUAAUUUCUACAGCAAGGUUCUGGACAUCACAAUACAUUCUCAGGCUUAACCCCCCCCCCCCCCCACCGCUCCCCGAACCCC